AUGGCAGCAGAAGACGAAAAGUCGUCCAAGGCAGGUGAACCGAAGAAAAUGAAGACAACUUCGGUGAGUCUUGAAGGUGAAAUGGAUAAGAUAACUGAGGUUUUGAAGAGCAUACCAGAGCGUUUAGCCAAAGGUUUGGAUGAGCAAAGAACAUCAGCCUUUUUGAGCGGUGGCGAUGAUGAUGUUCCCCAACCUGUGCCUAACGUAUUGGCUCGCAGACUUGCCAUCGAUUUAAAAAAUUUGCAUCUUCGUCCGCCACAGAGCCAGGCCGCAGAAUUGGAAAUGAAAGCGAUUGUGGAUGCAACGCCACAAUCCACUGAUGAACCUACCAAAGUCAUCAAAAUUUCUUUGUCACCUUCUUCAGAUACCGAAGCCGAUAAUUCAGAUGAAUCUAAAUCGACGAUUCCUCCGAGCCAGUCGGAGCAGAGCAGCAGUGGUGCUGCUCAACAAAUUCAGUCAGCGCAGUUACCAGCUACUGAACGUGAUAGCUCUACUUUUUCGAAGAUUCCUCCAUGUCAGCCAGACCAGAGCAGCAAUGCCGCUGCACUACAGAUGCAGCCAGCACACCAACCAAUCGCCAUUAAUGAUCGCUCUAUCUUAUCGGAGAUUCAUCCAUGUCAGUCAGACCUGAACAGCAAUGCAGCUAUACUACAGAUGCAGCCAGAGCGCCAACCAACUGCUAAUGAUGACCGCUCUAUUUUAUCGGAGGUGCCUCCAAACCAACCAGAACAGAGCGGUGGAGGUGCUGCUCUACAAAUGAUUCUUCCGAAUCAAGCAGAACAGAGCGCCAAAGGUGCUGCUUUACAAAUCCAGUAG